GCAUCCACUGGCAGGGUGUGCGGGCCACGCAACAGCCUGCCCCGCAGUAGCGGGCUGUGGCAGUCGUCGACACUGCCCAACAGCCCCUCAUGGACGUCCUUCUGCAGCAACAUGGCACCAUCUUCGACGAGCCCACGAGACUGCCCCCGGCCCGCCCCUACGACCAUCGCAUCCACCUGCUGCCCGGUACAGCUCCGGUGGCCGUACGACCGUACCGGUACGCACAACUGCAGAAGGACGAGCUGGAGCGACAGUGUGAGGCCAUGCUCACACAAGGCAUCAUACGACCCAGCACGUCGCCGUUCUCCGCUCCGGUGCUCUUGGUUCGCAAGGCGGACCGCUCGUGGCGUUUCUGCAUCGACUACCACGCCCUCAACGCCAAGACGUCCAAGGACAAGUUCCCGAUCCCGGUGGUGGACGAGCUCCUCGACGAGCUCCAUGGAGCCCGUUUCUUCUCCAAGCUGGACCUACGCUCAGGCUACCACCAGGUGCGGAUGCACACCGAUGACAUCGCCAAGACGGCGUUCCGCACCCAUCAUGGCCACUAUGAGUUCCUGGUCAUGUCGUUCGGCCUCUCGAACGCGCCUGCUACUUUCCAGGCCCUGAUGAACGACGUACUCCGCCCAUAUCUUCGGAAGUUUGUGCUUGUCUUCUUCGACGAUAUCCUGAUCUACAAUGCAUCAUGGGCGGAGCACCUCCAGCAUGUGGGCAUCGUCCUCGAGACAUUGCAGGCACACCACCUCCACCUGAAGCGCUCCAAGUGUUCCUUCGGCGCCACAUCAGUGGCCUAUCUGGGCCAUGUCAUCUCCGAGGGUGGGGUCGCCAUGGACGCCGACAAGGUCGCGACAGUGGCCUCCUGGCCGCCCCCGCGGUCUGCACGAGGUCUCCGGGGCUUCUUGGGACUAGCAGGGUACUACCGGAAGUUCAUCAAAGACUUCGGCCUCAUUGCAGCCCCGCUGACACGUCUCUUGCGACGAGACGCGUUUGCCUGGGACGAUGACGCGACAACAUCCUUCCACGCCCUAAAGCACGCCCUAACGACGGGUCCAGUGCUCCAGAUGCCGGACUUCGCCAAGCUCUUCGUCGUCGACUGUGACGCGUCAGGUGCAGGGUUCGGUGCUGUCCUUCAUCAGGGCGCGGGACCUCUCGCCUACUUCAGCAAGCCAUUUGCAGCCCGCCACCUUAAGUUGGCGGCCUACGAGAGGGAGCUCAUCGGCCUCGUGCAGGCCGUCCGUCACUGGCGCCCGUACUUGUGGGGGCGCCACUUUUUUGUUCGGACUGACCACUACAGUCUCAAAUUCUUGCUGGAUCAGCGCUUGUCCACAGUUCCUCAGCAUCAGUGGACCAGCAAGUUGUUCGGUUUCGAUUUCUCGGUGGAAUACAGGCCGGGGCGCCUGAACACCGUGGCCGACGCCCUGUCCAGCCGCGACUCGGAGGCUGCCGUGGAGGACACGACUAUGGCAGCACUGGCCAUCUCGGGCCCGACAUUCUCCCUGCUGGACGACAUCAGGCGGGCGCUGGCAGCUGCACCUGACGGGCAGCACCUCCUCCAGCAGCUGCGGGACGGCGUAUUGGCUGCGCCAUGGUGCCUCGUCGACGGGCUGCUCCUGCACGGCACACGCAUCUUCGUGCCGAACUACGACGACCUGCGCCACCAGGUGCUGACACUGGCGCACUCGGCAGGUCAUGAGGGCAUCCAGAAAACCCUCCAUCGACUACGGGCAGACUUCUACAUGCCACAUGAUCGCGCGCUCGUCCAGGACUGGGUGCGCACCUGCACCACGUGCCAGCAAAACAAGACACUGGCGCAGCAGCCGAGCGGCCUCCUGCAACCCCUUGAGGUGCCGUCCCAGGUGUGGGUCGACAUCUCCAUGGACUUCAUCGAGGGGCUGCCCAAGGUGGCAGGCAAGUCCGUCAUCCUCACGGUGGUGGAUCGCUUCUCCAAAUACGCCCACUUCAUCGCCCUCGGCCACCCCUACACCGCGUCGUCCGUAGCACGGGCAUUCUUCGACGGCAUCGUACGACUGCACGAGUUCCCGUUGUCUAUUGUUAGUGACCGGGACCCCGUCUUCACCGGGCACGUGUGGCGCGACCUCUUCAAGAUGGCGGGGGUGACACUAAAGAUGAGCACCGCCUUCCACCCACAGACGGAUGGACAAUCGGAGGUGGUCAACAAAAUUAUUGCGAUGUAUCUUCGGUGUGUCACCGGCGAUCGACCGCGGGCAUGGGUGGAUUGGCUGUCCUGGGCGGAGUAUUGCUAUAAUACCUCCUACCACACAGCAUUGCGUGCCACUCCCUUCGAGGUGGUCUAUGGCAGAUCCCCACUGUCCAUGCUACCUUACACGACAGAGACGACACGUAUUGAGGCCGCAGACGACAUGCUACGCUCCAGAGAUGAGAUGCUGGCCGAGGUGCGCCAGCGCCUUUUGCAGGCCCAGCAGCUCGCCAAGAAGUAUUACGAUGCCGGGCAUCGGGAGGUCCAGUUCCAGGUGGGCGACUGGGUGUGGCUACGCCUGCUACACCGCACCUUUCAGUCCCUCCAUCCGCGCGCGAAGGGAAAGCUGGGACCUCGCUACGCAGGCCCUUUCCGUGUCCAGGAAAGGAUUGGGUCGGUAGCCUACCGCCUGCAGUUGCCAGAUGGUGCUCGCAUCCAUGAUGUCUUCCACGUCAGCCUGCUGAAGCCGCACCGUGGGGAUCCUCCUGCAACUCCGGGGACGCUUGACCCAGUGAUGGAUGGUCGGCUGCUUCCUGUGCCGGCCAAGGUGCUUCGCGCUCAACUUAGGCGGGGCGUGUGGCAGGUUCUCGUACAGUGGCGUGGACUGGCUGAAGAUGACGCCACAUGGGAAAAGCUUGAAGAGUUUCGUGCUGCUUAACCCAACUUACAGCUCGAGGACGAGCUGUUUGAGAAGGCGGGGAGAGAUGUUAUGUAUGGCCAAGCCUAUGUUAGGCGCAAUAGGGCCAAGGCUGCCCAGGUGAGGCCCAAGGCCCAAUAGCUAAUAGAUAAGCUCUAUCUAGUUAGUUAUACUUAUCCAAAGUUAGUAGAUAAAGAUCAGCUCUAUCUAGAUAGUUAUACUUAUCCAAAGUUAGUAGAUAGACUUGAGAUAGCUAUAUAUAUAGAUCUGUAAACUCUGGAAUAAAGAUAAGCAGAAUUCCAAUCUAUUCUGGCUUCCUAGAGGGAGCCAGAGUCUCCUGUGAUCUUCUCCCUGCGCGCAACCCAGCCAGGAUCACGACGGCGCCCUAGCGCCGCCACCCUGGUCGCACCAAAUCCCCUCCCUACAAUCUGCGCAAUCUGCCCGGUAGAAUCCGUAGUUCUACCAAUUUCAUUAAUAGGAGAAGAAAAAAAGCGGGACAUAAACAUCCACACACUGACCCACACCCAUACUGAGACAGCUGGAGUGCGCACAAGACACAGAGCUGAGAGACAGCCAAAACAGAUAAAAAAACACCACCUGGACUAAACAACUAAGCCAUUAAGAAUAUUACUCUGAGCUGUCAACAAGACUAGCCCCUUGGCGCCAGCAGAACUCCAGCACCAAAGCUCAUUGCCGGCUGAGAUCAGGGCUGUAGCAAGAUAUGGUGAUUUGCCAUUGAACACAGUCAUUCCUUUGCCGCCAAAGAAUCCAAUCUCCCAACACAAUAAGAGAGUUGAGCCCUUUCUGGAGCUCCUUUCCCAUGGCGUUAACACAAUUCUUCCACCAGUCAUCGAAGAUAACAUCAGACGGCUGCGGACAAAGAGCAGUGAGCCCCAUCUUUGGAGAAGAAAGAACCAGAACUGCCUGCUGAAAACACAGUUUACUAAGAUAUGAUUAAUCGUCUCAUCUUCCUGUUCACAAAGGGGACAACAGCUCGGUCGGGAGAGAUUUCUCUUAGCCAAUCGAUCCGAUGUCCAGCAUUGAUUGUGGAUCACAAGCCAGAUGAAGAAAGUGAACUUAGGAGGAGCCCAAGUCUUCUAGACACGAUCAAAAGCCUCCCACUGCAAGGAUCCUUGGAAGAUGGCUGCAUAAGCCGAGGUUGCUAAAUAUUUUCCGGAACUGGACAGCCUCCAAAAGUGUCUAUCUGGCAAUGCCGGGCUGCAGGUUAACCCCUUCGAAAGCUUCCCAAAGAAGUGUGAUUUCCAUGAGCACCUCUCAGGAUAAAACACCCUGAAGGUCUUGAAUCCAUCUUGAAUCUGUCAAGGCUUCCAGAACUAUUCUUUUGUUUAUUAUACUCUUCGAGACCAUCAAGAAAAGGUUGGAGCCAAAUCCUCCAUCCGUUGCCCAGCCAGCCACCUGUCACUCCAGCUUACACAUAUUUGAAAAGUAAAGCUUAUCCCUACAGCAAGCCAUUUAGCAAACUGUUAAAAACUGAAAACCUGCAAUAAUGAAAGUUUUUGACUUUUUGCCCACUAUCGUAGUUAAUUUUUUAUUUGAAAAAAUCUUUAUUGCAUUGGAUAUUUAUGAUGUUUGUUUGGUUCUUGUUUACCUUUUUUGUUUAGACGACGACAACUUAUAUGGAAAUCAGGAGAGUCAUCUAACAAUUUUUAUUAUUUUUGUGGGAAAUUCUAUUAGUGAAUCAUUCCAAGAGCCAACUCAAGAAGUUUUACUAUGUUCAAUUGAAGAAGAGAUAUGCAUGCCUCUAUUUCCAUAUCUGGUAAUACUUAUUAAAUAGUUUUAUUCUGCUUUGCUUCAGCUGUUCCUUGGACUGAAGAGGAGCAUAGAACAUUUCUUGCUGGUCUUGAAAAGCUAGGGAAGGGAGAUUGGAGGGGUAUAGCAAAAAAAUUUGUUACCACCAGAACACCAACUCAAGUUGCAAGUCAUGCUCAGAAAUAUUUUCUUAGACAAACUAAUCCAAAUAAGAAGCGCAGAUCUAGUCUUUUUGACAUGAUGCCCAGAGAGCUGUCACCAACACCAAACUGCCCCGUAUUACCACCAUCCAUGGCAAAAGUACAUGACGUGGUAGCUAUGACGAAACAACUCCAGAAUAGCAACUUGGAAGGAGCCUCAUCUUCCAAUGCAGCUAAUGUAGUAUCUCAAGUAGGAAGAGAUCUCCCCCCAGUUCCGUCUUUUAAGGCAACAAAUAUAGAUUCAAGUUUCAGCAAAUUUAGCCACAUGGAGCGCUACUGGAGAACUCCCUACCCGUCCAGACCAAUUCCUAGAGCCCCUGAAGGGACGUCUUCAUCAACUCCUGUUGCUGCCAGUACAGCUGUUCCAGCCUCCGAAGCUAACCUGACUGCAUAUACUAGCACAUUCUUGAGCCAGCGAGCUGAUACCCCAUCAUUGCCUCCGAAGGGUGAUCCUCCUCCAUCAGAGGAUGAUGAUCUGGAACUGACUGUCGCUCCACCAUCCCAACAGAAUAUGACCAAUAUGUCCUCCCAGAAUGCGGUAGGCGUGAUUCAAGUCAUCUAAGCUAAUUUUUUUUCUCUCUCUAGAAGUUACUGUGGGUAUUUACAGUUCACCGAAUAAGUACUAACAUUCUAUCAGCAAAUACAUCAGUAUAAUAAGAUCAUGAGUGACAAGACACAGUA